CGGCGCCGGUCCAAGGGGCGCCUAGCCACCCCACACUCCCCCUUCGGGCGCGUGCGCUUGCUCCUGCGCCCAGGGGCAGGGCGGGGCAGGGACGCCUCUUGCCCCGGCCGGGUGCCCGGCCCCCGCACCGGCUCCCUCGGCUCGCCUGAACGCCCGUCGGGACCCGCACAUUGAAGAGCAACACCAUGGUCGAUUACAGCAAGUGGAACACCAUCGAGCUGAGCGAUGACGACUCCGACUGCCACCCCAACAUCGAGCGCGGCACCUGGCUCCGGCUGAAGAAGGCCUCGAAGGAGCGCAAGGAGGCCGAGGAGGCCGCUCGGCGCGCGGCCGAGGACGCCCAGGAGGCCGAGCGUGUCGAGCAAAUUGCCAAGCUCGAGGCCGAGGCCGCGGCCGGUGAUCUGUCUGCCGAGCAGCAGGCCACCCUGGACCGGCUGCGCGCCGAAAGCGACAAGCACCAGGCCCAGCGCCGGGAAGAGGAGGCCAAGAACAAGCAGUACCCCAAGUGGUCGGACGCCAACAUCUGCACGGAGAAGUUCAGCAAGACCAUCCUCAACACCGGGUCCAGUGCGGCCGCCACCACCGCGGCUGCCACCACCGCCAGCACCGCCGCCUCCGGCCCUCCGGCCGCCAAGAAGGCCACCGUCACCAAGACCGAGCUCAUUCACGACCCCUCGCCGAAGGCGGCCACCGCGCCGGUGGCCACCCCGGCCGAGCCCCUCUCGCGCAUGGCCACCAUCUCCUUCGAGGGCAUGGACCGCGAGGAGGCCCAGCGUCUGGAGCACUUCUACCUGCACACGGCCAUGGCCCUGCCCUCGGCCGAUCGGUCGGCCUCCGCGGCGCAGAAGCACCACGACCUGUUUGCCGAAAACCUGGCCCUCCUCCGGACGCCGGGCAUGCAUACGUACUCGCUGCUGGUGGCGUCGGAUGCGCUGAAGCGCGCGGCCGCCCUGCGCGAGGACACCGUCGACCCGGAGGCCAGCGUCAAGGCCGCCAAGUCCCUGGAGACUCGCGCUCGCCGCUCCCUCUCCUUCGCCAACAUGCUGCAGACUCUCAACGAGCUGAAUGUCAAUGUGGCCUUCCAGCACCUUCAGAAGAUGAUCAAGGACCAGUCCGUCCGCCGGGAAACCGCGCGCCAUGUCGAUGACUACUACCUGCGCGUGCUGGAGCGCGUCCCCGAGCUCCGGGCCCUCGAGCAGAAGGAGGCCGAGGAGGCCGCCGCCAACAGCGGCGCCAUCCAGGACGACGAGGACGUCGAGAUCAUCCCCAUUGAGGAGCUCGAUGAGGAGACCCGGAAACUCCUGCUCGAGGACCAGGAGGUCGAUGCUCGGGAGAACUGAGAAAGGAUGCCGCUCCUCCCGCUGUGUUCCUCUUUCUCCUCCCCAUGUGCGCAUGUGUGGCACCCUCCCGCGCCAUCCUUGGCAUCCCAUGUCCAGUCCACGGAAACACGCCGGCCUUCGUGCGCAAGCGUCGGCCAGGGGCGAGGACGAGAGGAAGGGGCAGCGGGGGGGGGGUGCAAGGGCAGGAGAGGGGCGAUGCCAAGCCACACCGCGCCUCCUCCCUUGGAUCGACAUGCCCAAGGCCUCUCCCCUCCCCCGUGUAUCUGCGUGUGUGUGUGUGUGUGU